AUGCCACCAUACGAGCAUUGGAAGAAUGGGAAGGCUGAACACAUCAUCCGCACCCUGCAGGGACGUGUCCUUGCUAUGCUGACCACUGUGCAGCUCUCGAUGACCUACUGGGGUGAGGCUGCACUCACAGCUGGCUACCUCCACAACCUCACCAUCACCUCAACUCUCCCCUCCAGUGUCACACCUUUUGAGAUGUUUCAUGGCCACCAACCUGAUGUCAGCCAUCUCCGUGUCUGGGGUGUCCACUGCUUUGCCCAGGUUCCCAUCGAGCUGCAGAAGAAGCUUGGCCCCAAGUCAAGGGAAUGUUUAUUCAUGGGCUAUCCACCCUCACAGCAGGGGUACCGCAUUUGGGAUCUUCAAACCCAUCAUUUUUUCUCCUCUGGAAGUGUCAUCUUUGACGAGAACAUUCCCUAUCAUGCCCUACAUGAAAUUCCCACCACACCAAUGGACUACUCCACUCUCCCGUUUGCUCCUUCCAUCAUGGCCGACCUCAAUCCUCCGCCUGCUUCUGAGCAACCCCUGGCUGCCGAAGCUGUGCUGCCCUCCAUGCCUGUUGCCCCUCAUCCAUCUGCCCCUGCUCCUCCACCCACCCUGACUCACUCUUCUGUCUCUGACCAACCGGUUCGUGUGCGGACACUGACGAAGGCAGGAAAGACAUAUGCGGACCAGAUGGAGGCAGCCUGUGUACAUUUGUUGAAGGUUCAGGAGGCAGCUUCUGCACGGAAGGAUGAGAGGAUUAGGGUGGAACGGGAGGCUGAUGGACUGCGGGAGGCAGGGCCUGGGGAUGACAUGGACAACAACUUCACUUGCCUCUGUCAGGAAGGUCUCUUUGACAUAUCGUCGCUGGAUUCGGACGUCUCAUCUGACAUCACUGCUGCAUCUCUGGAUGUUGAGGAUUACCUUCAGCAUGACAUUGAUGCCUGCUACGAGGCUGCUUUCCUUUCCAUCUGCAGUGAUGUUUGA